AUGGAUUUCAUCAAGACCAGUUCCCUGCGUGCUCUGAUUGAGUUAACUUUCCAACGCAACUGGAACGGCCUAAUUUGGAUGAGUAGAAAAGGAGUUACAACCAAAAGAGUGAAGACUGUCCAGACGGCUCUAUCGAGAAUCAGCGCCCAACCGCGCAGUCCGGCUGGCCGAGAUAUUUUUGCUGGUUGUGGUGGCAUGUCUUGGGGACUGGAGCAGGCAGGUGUAACUCAAACAAAGUGGGCAAUCGAGUAUGAAGAGCCAGCUGGGCAGGCUUUUAAGCAAAACCAUCCUGAAUCAACAGUUUUUGUCAACAACUGCAAUGUGAUUCUUAGGGCCAUAAUGGAGAAAUGUGGAGACCAAGAUGAUUGUGUCUCUACUACAGAGGCAAAUGAUCUCGCAGCUAAACUGAAUGAGGACCAAAAGCGUACUCUACCACUUCCUGGUCAAGUGGAUUUCAUCAACGGAGGCCCUCCAUGCCAGGGAUUUUCUCGUUUGAAUAUGUUCGACCAAACAUCAUGGAGUAAAAUUCAGCGAGAAAUGAUAUUAGCAUUCUUAUCAUACACUGAUUAUUUACGGCCAAAGUAUUUUCUUCUAGAGAACGUGAGGACGUUCGUGUCAUUCAAUAAAGGGCAAACAUUUAAACUUACUCUGGCUUCUCUUCUCGAGAUGGGUUACCAGGUAAAUACUUUAUCUCGUUCCACACUUGUUACAAAGGCAGGUGCAUAUGGAGUUUCCCAAUCUCGCAAAAGAGCUUUUAUUUGGGCAGCUGCACCUGAUGAAGUUCUUCCGGAAUGGCCUCAACCUAUGCAUGUCUUUGCUACUCCCAAGCUGAACAUCUCUCUCUCCAAAGGUUUGCGCUAUGCUGCUGUUCCUAGUACUCGAUUUGGUGCUCCUUUCCGCCCAAUCACUGUGAGAGACACCAUUGGUGAUCUUCCACCAGUUGAAAACGGAGAAUCGGAGACCAAAAGACAGUAUCCAGAUGAUCCGGUCUCGUGGUUCCAAAAGGGGAUAAGAGGAAACAUGAUUGAUCUCAAUGAUCAUAUCUGCAAAAAGAUGAACGAAACAAACCUCAUUAGAUGCAAGAUGAACCCAAAGAGGCCAGGUGCUGAUUGGCGUGACCUCCCAAAUGAAAUGGUGAAGUUAUCAAAUGGGCUGCAUGUAAAUUUGAUUCCAGACUGUCUGCCAAACAAAUCUAGGAACCACAACCAGUGGAAGGGACUGUAUGGGAGAUUAGAGUGGCAAGGCAAUUUCCCAACUUCCAUCACCGAUCCUCGUCCAUCCGGUAAGGUGGGGAUGUGCUUCCAUCCUGACCAAGACCGAAUUGUCACGGUCCGCGAAUGCUCUCGGUCUCAGGGGUUUCCGGAUAGCUAUAAGUUCGCAGGGACAAGAAGAGACAAGCAUAAGCAGAUUGGGAAUGCGGUGCCUCCACCAUUGGCCUUUGCUCUCGGACGUAAGCUCAAAGAAGCUUUACUCAACAAGACUCUUCCACGCCAAGCCUUAAGGCAACCAUUGUAG